AAGUAUCUGUUUGCCUUGCCAGGAGGCGUGGACUUCAGGUUGCCCUGCUUCUUUCCUGCCAAGCCCGCCAGCCGCAGUGACAUACGAAGCAGACCUCGUGGGCUAACAACACGGACGUUUCUGAAAGGCACACACACACACCGGGACGACACGACAAGCCCCAGCAUGGGAAGCAACUGGGCACAGAACGUCCUGCAGAGCAGCUCAGAGCCUGAGGACGGUCACACAGACACCAUGCACCACAAGAUCUCUCGUGAGGAAGAGGAGCAGAUCUGCGGGAUGGCGCCGAGCGGUCUGGGGGAGGACAGCGUGGGGGCCCCUGACCGUGACCCUGUGGAGAACGUCCUGCAGAGCAGCUCAGAGCCUGAGGACGGUCUGGGGGAGGACAGCGUGGGGGCCCCUGACCGUGACCCUGUGGAGGUGCCCGACGCGUCGGGCCUUCGCCGUCGCCAGAACUUCCUGCCGGAGAACUCAGAGCCUGAGGAAGGUCACACGUACGUCAUGUACCACGGGACCUCUCGUGAGGCAGCGGAGCAGAUGAAGGCCCACGGUUUCCGCCAGUCCAGCGACGGGAUGCUGGGACGGGGCGUCUACGUCAGCCGCGACGUGGAGAAGGCUAGGGUGUACCCCUGGGGGCUCCCCGCGGACCAGCGCGUGGUGCUGAAGCUCCGGGUCAACGUGGGCAGUGUGAAGAGGAUCGAUCGCCAAGGGCACCCGCUGCAGAAGACCUGGCACGACGCUGGGUCUACCGUAGAGGCCGCCGAGGCCGUCGCCGGGGCCUUCAUGGCCGCCGUUGGGGCCGCCGCAGAGGCCGCCACCGGGGCUGCCGUUGGGGCCGCCGCAGGGGCCUUCAGGGCCGCCGUUGGGGCUGCUGCUGGGGCCACCGAGGCCGCCGCCGGGGCCGUUGGGGCCGCCACCGGGGCCGUUGGGGCCGCCGGGCCUUCAGGGCCGCCGCUGGGGUCUUUGGGGCCGCCGCUGGGGCUGCCGCCGGGGCUGUUGGGGCCGCCGUUGGUGCCGUUGGGGCGGCCGCUGGGGCCGCCGUUGGGGCUGAGCCUGAGCGUGUGGAGGUGA